AUGCCUCUUCGGCACUUGCUUCGAUCACGAUGGAACUCAUCGGCUGAGCUCCUGCAGCCCGCUCUCACAUCCGGCUCCCAUCUUCCCUCGACCCGGCCAAUGGGCGUGCGGAACAGCCCCAUUCUCUCCUUCGCAUCCAGAGCAACACGACGCACCCUGACGACGGUCAAUUCUACGAGCCGAGUCACGACGCGGACCCGGCCGGGGCCUACCUCCCACCAGUUUCUGAAGCAGCGACUCAACCGACGGUUUAAUUCCGGAUCGUCGGGCAGCGGCCCGCAGCCAGAGCCGGAGCACGCAUCGCUGUCGCAGCGGCUGCGCAAGCUAUCGCGCGAGUACGGCUGGGCCACACUCGGAGUGUACCUGGCCCUGUCGGCGUUGGAUUUCCCGUUCUGCUUCGCGGCGGUACGGCUGCUGGGGGUGGACCGCAUCGGACACUAUGAACAUGUUGUGGUCGAGUCCGUGAAGCAGGCUGUCUCGUCAGUGUGGCCUCGCACGGAGGACUCAACCCCCCAGGAUGGCGGUGACGAUGCCCAGGGCAGACUAGCCCAAGCGGAGGAGAGGAACAAGGAAGAAGCCAGUAUAUGGACGCAGUUGGCUCUCGCGUAUGCUAUCCACAAGAGCUUCAUUUUCAUUCGGGUCCCCUUGACUGCCGCCGUGACACCCAAGGUCGUGAAGAUGUUACGGCGCUGGGGAUGGGAUAUUGGGAAGCGCAAACCCAAGAGUCCAUGA